AUUUUAAAAAGAAACAUUUGUUAUUUUCCAUAAUUCAGCAAAAGACAACAACUUUUUAUUUUAAAUUCAACUUUUACUACGUUCGGAGCAAGAUCUUGGAAUGCUUGUUGUGUGGUUGUUAGUAGCGACGUUUUCAUCGGCUUAUUGCAAGCCACAGUAUCUUCAAGGUAAUGGAACGUUUUACAUUGAUGUUUUCCUACCGAUGUUCGACGAAAAUUAUGACAUAAAUUAUUCAAAAGGUAUUAUGUCACUGGCUGCCGUGAGAUUUGGCAUAUUUGUAGUAAACAAACGUUAUGAACGUUAUAUGAACGGAUACAGGGUAGCCUUACGAAAAAUCUUCACUGUUACGGCAGAUAAACAGCAGUUAAUAGAAGAUUUAAAGGAUUCCCGUUUUGAAGCAGCCUUUGUCGUGGCGGUGUUGACACCAAACACAGCUGUUGCAGUUUCCGCAUUUGCCAGCUUGGUAGAUUUGCCUAUUUUGACGCACGAUGUAUCCAGCUAUAUGUUUGACUCGGCAUCAACUGGUUGUUCAAAAAUGCUUCGAACAAUGACGCCUUCCUACAAAUACCGUACGGCGUUUCUGCUCGAGUUAAUGAAGGACUUGGACUGGACUUACGCGAGCAUGAUUAGUUCUGAUGGUUAUGAUGGAAAUUUCGAUGCCUAUAGUUUCUCUCGCCAGUUGAAAAAAAAUCACAUUUUUCUGACUUCUUUCGUAGAAUUGAAGAUGCAAGCAGACCAAACGGAGGUUGAGGAAAAGUUAAUAAAAUUAUCGACAAUAUACAACCUAAAUCUGAUACUUUUAUUUACAAAUGACGAGGAUUCAAGGAAAGUGUUGGUUGCUUUACGAAAUUUAAAGAUGGAGAAGAAGUUCACUUUAGUGUUUGUUAAUGGAAAUCUCAAUUACGUUGAAGUGAUAAAGGGAUUAGAAGAUGUCGCUGUUGGUUCGAUUUCAUUGAAUUACGAACCAACUAUUUACCCUGAAUUUGAAAGUAUAAUGUUACUAAUGAACACCAGUUGGGUACCUGUGAAAGAGUUCCAUUUGUUUUGGGAACAGUUGUUUCACUGCAAGCUAAAUAGUACCAUCCUGGAAAAUGUUACAGCUCCUUAUAGAAAAAAGUACAACCAGUCGUGUAACCCGCAUAUGAAGCUUUCUCCUGGUAAAGGGUAUUUUCCCAAUUCUCCUGCACAAACAAUUAUCCAUGGCGUGGUGGCGGGUGGGUUAGCAGGGGCGCUUACCGUAAUGAAAGUUUGUCAUAAAUGUGUACCCUGUAAUAGUAGCGAUCCUGCGUGUAACUACACAGAGAGUAUUAAAGACUGUUUGCAUCCACCAAAUGCUACCCAUUGCCCAUUUGAAGCAAUUGAAACUAAAAAACGCUACAGAAGAUUAUUAUCUGAAUCUCUUUGUGAAAUAACCAUCAAUUCGUACUUUGCAAAGUUUUCAAAUCUACGCAACAAACAUCGAUUGGAAUUUGUGGCUAGAAAUUUUCAGCGAACAAAAAACAACGUUUAUGAAAACAAGAACGUUGGACAUUGGGCUAUACAUUUACCUGAUAGAGAUUCUGAACUGCAUCCUGAUGAAACUAUGCAGUUUGCGCACAAAAUAGUGUAUGAUUUGCGAAAGAACGAAAUUAUAUGGCGAACCAGUGCACGAGCUGUCUGUAGCGAAGAAUGUUCACCAGGCCACAUAACGCACUACAGAAUACACUUGAAAAGUUGUUGGGCUUGCGUUAAAUGCCCGAAGAACAACGUAGUGUUAAACAACACGUGCGUUGAGUGUAAAUUUGGUGAGGUUUCAAAUCAUACAACAGCUUCUUGCGUUGCCCUCCCAAUCAGGUACCUUGAAAUUGAUGUGGACAGAUACCCUAUGGUGAUGGUGAUCGUUUGUUUAUGUAUUGUUGGACUUCUUGGUGUUGUUCUCGUUGUGACAUUGUUUAUGAAGUUCAACCAGAAUCAUAUUGUUAGAGCUUCUGGUCGAGAUUUAAGUUAUUCCAUUCUGUUUGGGAUUAUUUUAAUGCUGUGCUGUCCGCUUGUCAUUUUGACGAAACCAGACUCCGUCAUUUGUGGAGCUCGAGAUGUAUUACCUAGUUUGUCUUGUUUACUCUGCUAUGCUGCAUUGAGUAUGAAGGUUGGGAGAAUCUACCGAAUUUUUAUCAGCGCAAAGAGCCAAAUUCAAAGGCCAAGAUUUAUAACUACAUCUUCACAACUGGUAAUUUUGCUCAUCUUUGUUACCAUGCAGUUAGCAACAUCAACAGCCUGGUUCAUCAAUGAUGUACCUGCAGCAAUAAAUGUGGUAUCCAAAGACGACACCUUUGUUUCAUGUCAUUGCCAGGGAGCUGAUAACCUUGCAAAGUUUUUUAUCAAUUUUUUACCAAGUGUUGUUUCUAUAGCUUUCUGCACCGUGUUGGCUUUCAAAACAAGAAAUUUUCCGAAGAAUUAUAACGAAGCAAAGUACAUUGGUAUUACGUUGUAUGUCACUUGUUGUUGUUGGUUGGCUUUCACCAUUCUCCUGAUUAUGUCCGGUGACGACGUGUUUUCGCUAGAGUACCGUUUGUCUCUUUUUUGUUUAUGUAACGGCUACAUAACCCUUCUCGGUUUAUUUGGUCAAAAGUUGUGGAUUUUGUUUCGACGAAAAACGCUUGAAGACCAUCACGAUUCGUUAAAAUCGCGUGCUAGAUCGUUUUCAUCCCCGUCACAUAAAGAUAUACCAGUGCCGACCUAAGCGUUGUUGUUGGUUCUUUUAAAACUGGGCACAUAAAACUUCCACAGCAAAAUGGAUCGUUCAAACGAUGGAGAGUUUUUUUAUUGAUGUGUUUUUGUUGUACAGAUGGUUCAUCAAUGAAGCACCUGUUUUUGAUGUACCUAUUUUUAGCUAUUCACAGUUAUGUUUUAUAUAUUAUGUGAUAGAACCUGUCUCCCAUUUACAUGAGACCCAAA